UAAUCAGUUAAGUUUCUAACGAACCAGUCACCAACUCACCAGUGUUUAGGGCGCAGUCGUAGUUGUACGACGUAUUGUUAAUUUAUUUCAACUAUCAAUUAAACACUGUUCAGUUUUAUAUUUGAUAAACCAAUUCUGUAAAAAGUAUAAUAUUCCUCUUGAAGCAAAAAUGUCGAAAAUAAAGGCUGGACCUGUUGUUGAUAUCCUCGGCGAUGAAAUGACCCGUAUAAUUUGGGAUUUGAUCAAAGAUAAAUUGAUCUUACCAUUUUUGGACAUUGAAUUACAUACUUAUGACUUAGGUAUGGAAAAUCGUGACAAAACUGAUGAUCAGGUUACAAUUGAUUGUGCUAAUGCUAUUAAGAAAUACAAUGUGGGUAUUAAAUGUGCUACUAUUACACCUGAUGAGAAAAGAGUUGAAGAAUUUAACUUGAAAAAGAUGUGGAAGAGCCCUAAUGGUACAAUCCGUAAUAUUCUUGGCGGAACUGUCUUCAGAGAGGCGAUAAUCUGUAAAAAUAUUCCACGUCUAGUUACUGGCUGGGAAAAACCAAUUAUAAUUGGACGUCACGCUCAUGCUGAUCAAUAUAAAGCUACAGAUUUUGUAGUUCCCGGAGCAGGAAAACUCGAAUUUGUGUUCACUCCACAAUCUGGUGAACCAGUAAAGUAUAUCGUAAAUGAAUACAAAGGUCCCGGUGUCGCCCUAGGUAUGUUUAACACAGAUGCCUCUAUUAUCGAUUUCGCUCAUUCCUCCUUCAAAUUUGCUUUGGGAAGAAAAUACCCUCUUUACUUGAGCACUAAGAACACAAUUCUGAAAAAGUAUGACGGUCGUUUCAAGGAUAUCUUCCAAGAAAUUUAUGAGAAAGAUUAUAAGUCACAAUAUGAAGCUGCAGGUAUUUGGUAUGAACAUCGUCUGAUCGACGAUAUGGUCGCUUAUGCGAUGAAAUCUGAUGGUGGCUUUGUUUGGGCUUGCAAGAACUACGAUGGCGAUGUUCAGUCUGAUUCAGUCGCUCAGGGUUAUGGGUCACUAGGUCUUAUGACGUCAGUUUUGAUUUGUCCCGAUGGAAAAACCGUAGAGGCCGAAGCAGCUCAUGGAACUGUUACUAGACACUUCCGAUUCUAUCAACAAGGAAAGGAAACCUCCACAAAUCCAAUCGCUUCUAUCUUUGCAUGGACAAGAGGACUUCUUCAUCGCGCUACAUUAGACAAUAACGCUGAGCUCAAGAAUUUCGCUGAAACCCUUGAGAGUGUUUGUAUUAAUACUAUUGAAUCAGGAGUUAUGACUAAAGAUCUUGCCAUAUGCAUCAAGGGUAUGAAUAAUGUAAAGAGGGCCGAUUAUUAUGAAACAUUUGAGUUCAUGGAUAAACUGGCGGAAAAUUUAAGAAAGGAUUUGGGAAAAUGACUGUCAAUAAGAAGA